GUUCCUCCAGCCUGUACAGUUUAGUUGAUCAUUCACUCACCAUAAAGUCGCUGCAUUUGUGGCGACGAGAGGCUGAUGAAGAAACUACAACCGUCUCAGUCCGGAUUUCACUGACACAGCUUUGAUGUAGCUUCUGCUGCCCUGUGGGAACUGGGUGGACAGCGGAAUGGAACAGAAACAUGGCACAUUAUAACCAACCAUCGUCCCCUACGGCCAGCGAUGUGAAUCUGGGAGCUUCAGCCAAUCCUCAUGCCAAACCCACUGACUUUGAUUUCCUUGCUGUGAUUGGGAAAGGAACCUUUGGAAAAGUGCUCCUGGCCAAACUCAAAGCGGAUGGAAAAUUUUAUGCCGUGAAGGUUCUUCAGAAAAAAGUCAUCUUGAAGAAAAAAGAGCAAAAGAAUAUAAUGGCGGAGAGGAAUGUGCUGCUGAAGAGCCUGAAGCAUCCGUUCCUGGUAGGCCUCCACUAUUCAUUUCAAACCUCAGAGAAGCUUUAUUUCGUCCUCGACUAUGUCAACGGAGGAGAGUUAUUCUUCCAUCUUCAGAGAGAGCGAUGUUUCUCUGAAGCACGAGCCCGCUUCUACACCGCUGAGGUGGCCAGUGCAAUCGGCUACCUCCAUUCCCUCAAUAUCAUUUACAGGGAUUUGAAACCAGAAAACAUUCUAUUGGAUGCUCAGGGUCAUGUGGUUCUGACUGAUUUUGGCUUGUGUAAAGAAGGAUUGGAACCAGAAGCCACCACUUCGACGUUUUGCGGAACGCCUGAGUACCUGGCCCCGGAGGUGCUUCGGAAAGAGCCAUAUGACCGCACGGUGGACUGGUGGUGCUUAGGAGCCGUGCUGUAUGAAAUGCUAUUCAGCUUACCUCCUUUCUACCGCCGAGAUGUAGCUGAGAUGUAUGAUGCCAUCCUAUACAAGCCCCUGCAGAUGCCUCCUGGUAAAUCUGAUGCGGUGUGUCACCUGCUGCACGGGCUUCUGCAGAAAGACCAGCACCGGCGAUUAGGGGCCAUCGCUGAUUUUCUGGAGAUUAAAAAUCAUGUGUUCUUCAGCCCCAUUAACUGGGAUGACCUCUACCACAAGCACAUCACUCCACCAUAUAACCCAAAUGUGAGAGGUCCAGCUGACCUACAGCACAUUGACCCAGAGUUCACCAGAGAGGUGGUGCCAAACUCUGUUGGCCGCACUCCAGAGCUGACCCCCAGCCUGGCUGCCAGCAGCUCCAACGCCUUCAGUGGCUUCUCCUAUGUCUCCAGCGACAACAGCUUCCUCUGAGCCUCUAUGUGAAGGCCGCUCGGAUGCCUUCCUGCACUGACUGCAGUCUCAUGACUGCCUUAUUGAACCUCAGAGCACAAAACCAAACUAGCUGAAUGUUGAAGAUUUCUGUGCCAUUUACUAGCAUAAACUACUGAUGGGCUACAUAUACAAAGCCAUAAACAGCUGGGAAACAUAAUAUAACGCUCCUUCAAGCUUUUUUCAUUGUGAUAUUUCCAUUGUGACAAUGGCGUUUUUCAGUGUGCAAUGCCAAUGGCAGGGCCAACUCGGGAAAUAGCAGCAAACUGCCCAUUAAAAAAGUAGAGUUCAGAUAGUCGUAUAAAAAAGUUUGGCCAAAUUACAACUUGUUUUGUUGAUUUUCUAAGUGAAAAUAAGCUGACACCUCAUCUACAUUACUGCAUAUUUUUAUGCAUAAUUAAUGUUUAUUUGCUGAAUAUGGCAUAUUGGGGAAAAUAUAAAACAUAGAAUGUGACCUGUGCAAAAGUCCUAAUUUCUCCUAAUUUGUUAAAAUAUCAAGCACAGAAAUUUGUGGAAAUAUCCCAUAUUUAAGUUUGUUCCCUGUAAGUUAUCUUCACUCAGAAAAUCAGCAGAACUUUUGCUUAUGACUGUAUAUAGUUUCUUUUUCCAUGACAAUUAAUUUUAGUGCAUAUGGUUAACUCAAACUGCCCACCUGUCUGAUGUUUAUGCUCAACCUUUACUCAGUUGUAAGAUGAAUCAUGUAUAAAUAAGUUGGACCUCUUGUUAUGUACAUAGUAAUAAGAGGCCCAAGCAUAAUCACUGUAAGUGGGAAAACAAUGUAGCAGUACUUGUACCUUUUAACAAAUAUACUGUUAUUUUCAAGGUUGCUCUUUGAUGCAUUCAAGCUAUCUUUUUAGAAAUAUUAUAUAAUUAGUGACUAUAAUUCAAUGUUAAGCAAUUUCUGAGUAUUUUGAAGAACAUAGUAUACAUAUAGGAGCAUUUCAUUAAAACGUUCAUUGGUUAGCACCUGCUUUGCGCGUUGGAGCUUGUGUUUUGGGUUAGUAUAUGAGUGCUCAGUCAAUGUAAAAGAAUGUACGUUUUUCCCUGUUGCCAUUUUGUAGUGACUUCUCGUUGAUGAUGUAGGUUUUUCUUAAACCUGGAAACAAUUCUUCAGAUGUGAGUCUGCUUAGAUAUAGAUCUGCUGAGAAUGAGUCAGCUCACAUUAAUUUCCCUCUGCGUAGGCACUGUUUGUUGAUUUUUCAACUCAGGUGAGCUCAGCCAUGACAGCACGCUCAUAGAUUUGUUUCAUUUGCAUUCAUGUAGACACAUUCUACAUAGCAGCUACAUUACUGAAAGGUAAAACGACAGAUUUGUUCUUUUUUUUUUUAAACAGAAUUGUUGAGUGCUAAGUGCUAAGCUUUUGCAUUCAUGAAUGUGUGGUCUUGUUAUUUUGAAGAACUUUGCAGGCUGCUCAUGUCUGUGAUGUAAGGCUGACAGACUAAAAGCGGGCAUGUUUUUUAAAUUGAAAGAGCUGCAGAUUUAGUAAUAAGCUAUAUUAUCGCCAAAUUUCUCUUACAUUUUAAGUGUGUUGACAAUAAAUGGUCUUGAGUUAAUGUA